AUGACUGAUAGUUCUGGAAUCAAGUAUUUGGAAUAGUACGUUUGCUUCAAUUCCAUGUAAGUUGGAUCAAAAGGAACAGUAUUUAGAGGAUGUUUAUUGAAUAACACAACCGAAUGCUUGGCAAUUAAAUAAUGCGAAUUGCAUAGUGAGUCUGAAAGUUUGAAGACCUUGGAUCUCAUCAAAAUGGAGUUGAAGAGAUUGCAGAAUAUCAAGCAUCCCAAUUUCAUUAAAAUAUACGAUGUCAUCAAAAAUCACAAUAUGCUAUACUUUAUCCAAAUGUAUUGUGAAGAUGGCAGUCUACAGGAUUAUCUUGCUCAGCGAAAGGACAAACCCCUAAGCGAAGCAAUACAAUUCAUAGUUAAAUUUGGUUAAUAUCAUUCAUAACAACUUAAAACCAUCCAACAUCCUCUUAAACAAAGGAGUGGCUCUGAUCUCCGAUCCCUAUUACGCAGGAAUUCUCCAAUAAGAAAUGCCAACACCUAAAAGAAUCUUCCAUUUCCAAGUCAUUUGGCUCCAGAAGUUCUGCAUGGAUAGCCUUACACUAAUAAAUGCGAUAUCUGGUCUUUAGGCUUGAUAUUUUAUUAAAUGCUUUAUGGAGUACAGCCUUGGUAUGCCUAAAAUAUCCACGAAUGGUUGGAUAAUAUUAGCAAAUUCCCAUUGCAAUUCCCACCUCGACCAACUAGAAAAUAGAAUAUUAAAGAACUCCUUACCAAAAUGCUCACUUUCUCUCAGGAGGACAGAAUCUCUUUCCAAGAUCUGAUUCAAGAUCCCGUACUCAUCAUCAAGCAAGAUGAAGAAUAAAUUGAUUUCUAGGGUACUUCAGAUAAAGAUGAAUUUUUGUAUUUAAUCAAAGCAAACGGGGUUAUUCUCGAAAAAAAUUUAGUGGUCAAAUACCUAAUGAAGGAGCAGGUAGUGUUAUCAUUAGAGGAAAAUUAAUGGAAGCAGAGUGAUGUGGAGGCGAGGAUCUAAUAAUGUUAUUAUGAGAAGGAACCAGAUAUCUCGGUUGAAAGGAUGGCCAUUAAAUACAAAAACGACAAGAAGAAGAAAGACAUUUUCCAAAAAUACUAUUAGUAUUUCAUUUUCGAAAGAAAUAUUGCCUUCUUUUUUAAUUUCCUUGUGCAAAGGAUUGUGAAAUUGCAAGUGGAUUGGCAGAUACAAUUACAAAUCGACUUUUAUCAUAGGUUGAUUUACUUAAUAGCCAAAUAUUAAAUGAUUAUUUUAACUAGAAUUAGUAACUAGCUUCAAGCAAAUGGUAAUCAUACGUUUGAUCAGGAUCUUUGGGGAAGAUUUCAAAAAUCUUAAUAAUAUCAACUAUUGGUAGCGUAAAUAGAAUAAGAUGGUCUUAAUUCUUUGGACUUCUAUAAGUCAAUUUCAAAAAGGUGUUAGCAGGUACUAAGAGAGGAAUUCGAGAAUAAUAAACACAAUCAACUGAUAGUGGGCAUGAUCAAUAAUUUCUCGGCAGUCUUGAACGAGAAUUUUGAAGCUAAUGAAAUUUUUAAUGUGCUCUUUAGAGAAUGCAUUAUGGAAUGUCUUAAGGUUGUCAAAACUUUGGCAAGCAAAUAAGUAGACAUCAAUCUAUUAAAUUACUAUCUAUUGGUCUCACUCAAUCCCUACGAUGAAUUCAAAGAUAUCAAUUACGAUUUCAACACAUUUUAUGAAGAUUCAGAAAAUUAUUCAUUCUAAGAAUUACAGGAAAAACUAGCAAAGAAAAGCAAUAAAUGA